GGGGUGUUUCGAGCCUCCUGUUGGUCCGGGACUCGAACCGGAGCCGACACGCGAAAAACUGUGAUCAAAUCAUGAGGUUAUAUUGCGCAUACCAACAUGAAAUACCGAGCCACUAACACCGCUUAAUGGCCCUUGAGAAGCUUCGUAGAGAGAAAUGUUAGAAAAAUGGCGUCCAGCACGAUAGGGAGUGAAGGAAUGGCUCGAAGAGAACGGCAUGGUAGCUAAAUGGGGCUAGACCGCAGACCAUAGUAGGCGAGGCCGGCAACGCCCCAUGAUCGUAGAGUGAUCGCCACUUUAGUCUCCCAUGACUUCUUCAUUUAUGCUUGGUUUCACACCGUCCCUCAUCCCCCCCUUCGCUUUAGACUACUAUGUCAGUGAUAACUUCCUCAUCUUCAAGCAUCAUCGAGCGCAGCGUCCGUUUUGACGACGAAUGCGUCCUUAUUCCUCAGGGCCCAUCCAAGAAGCCAGGCCUGGUGGUUAUUAAAUCAUAUAUCCUCCCCUGGUGGAAGCGUAAAGCUUCAACACAUAAUCGGGGCGUCGGAGCGAAGGAAAGCGAGAAUAUCUCACCGCCUGAUGUUAAAGAACAUAUAACGCUCAAAAUUCCUUUACCGAGUUUCCUGACCAAAACUCUACCGUCGCCUCAUUACACGCAUGCGGAACCUCUAUCACCUUGCCUUGUGCAUCGCGAACAACGGUCCGCGUCGACGCACUCAUCUCCGACUAUUCACCAUGCAAUACCCGCCGCGCUCACUCGCACGGCUUCGCUUCCUAUGACUGACCAUAAUGGAAAACCCGUUACCACUGUGCCAUUGCGCGCAUGUUGUCCCAAUUGUUUCCACACAACGGAGCAGUCUUUGCAAGAAGGUGACCGGUGGAAGGAAAAAUUCACACGCGGUGCCAGAAGACUGAGGCGUGCGAGCAUAGAUUAUUCACCUUCUACUGCGUCUGCCUCUACAUCAUCAGAGAUGAAUCUGAGCCUUGAGGCGGCGGAGGAAGCCUUGUUUCACCCACAGAGACAUUCUGCAUCGACAACGGAGGAGGCCUUUAAAUUGAAGCCUGUCGCAGAGCCAGAGACACUGUCUGGUCUGAUAUCUAUCGUCUCUAUACCCACGAGCCCACCUAUUGUCGAGGAAGAAGAGGAGUUCCAGGCUGCCACAAGCUGCAGUCUAGCCCAUAGAUGAUGGAGACGCCACCU